AUGUCGACGCGCUCGUACCAGGGGUGUUGGACAUGCAAAAGUCGUCGGCGACGGUGCGAUAAUCAACGUCCGACAUGCCAAAACUGUGCUCAGCGUGGGAUAGAUUGCGAGGGGUACGAAGUUCGAUUGCGGUGGGGUACUGGGAUUGCUUCGCGUGGCCAGUUCACAGGUGCGGAGAAGCCCGUGAAGGAGAGUGUGCCACCAAGGCCUAAGGGUCGUAAAAGGGAUCUGAGCCGGGAAAGGAGGAAAUUGGAGACUUUGGCCUCUAGUGAUGCGAAGGAAAAUAUUGCCAACCGGUGCGAUCCACGCUCUGAACCUGAUGAUUUUACGCAAGAAAACCAUACGAUGGUUUAUGAGCCUGACUUGAACAUUUCCCUUAUAUCAGAGCGAGUCAAGCAGGAAGAGAUUUUGUUCAAUGAAUUCAUGAACAACGGUAUCAACGUGCUUCAUUCUACUACUGCCCGAGACAGCAUGCUACAGCCACGGCUUCCUGAACUUUGCCAACAGUCUGGUGCCUUGUAUACAAUAUGUCUCGCUUUUCAACUGGCUCUAUCGAGCACCCGAUCACCUCAAUUUCUCGAGUACUUUGAUGCAUCCUUCCGAAAGUUCCGAUCUGAACUAGCCCAAAGCACUACUCUCUCAGAUGGGACGUUGACGGCCGGACUGCUGCUGUGUAGCAUUGGCCUUAUGCACGGUCUACCCUGGACUGUGCACCUAGAGGGUAUGCACAAUAUCCUCCAAAGCCAUGGCCUUGCAGAUCAAGAUCACACAGCUACACAAACGCCAUUUCGCACCCACUUGCUCGAGGUAAUGGGCGUGAUGGAUCUCCCCUGUUUUUCCAUAGGCCGACAAACAUCCUACAUUGGAAUCUGGAGUCGUUACUGCCAGCCCAACAGCCCACGAGAGGGUGUGGAGCCCGUCAGCGGUCUACCUAGAGUUCUACUUGAUAUGUUCGCAGGUAUAGGCGUUGGUACAACAGAACAAAGUUUCUGGGACUGGCCAGGGGUCUCAGGAAAUUUCUUACAAUGCUAUUUAUGGGAAGCACAUCGUUUAGCUGGGAUAUUAAUACUUCGGCGAUACGCACGUGCUGAAGAGCAUCAGUCGGAGAUGCGCAAAUUCUCGACAUGGAGACAACCGAGCGCAUGUCCAGCAGAUGAAACAGUCCUUGUUUCUCGAAUAUUAGCUAACUUGGACGCACUCCGUCUUGCAAUUGCUGAGCGUCCAGCUGAAGAUAGAUUUAUUGAGAACGCGGUACUUUUUCCGAUCGUCGUUGCUGGGUUAGAGGUCUCGGUUCUGCGUCAAAAUCCACAAUGGCAAAAGACCAUUCGAAAAUGUGCACCAGGGUCAAUUCAGCAUGAAAUAUUGUUAGAACUAAUGGAAGAGCUGUGGGAAAAAAAUGAUAAUCUGCUUAAUAUUGAUGAUUUAGCGAGAGCUAAGGGGGUUGAGAUGGGGUUACUGUGA